CGUCGCUUCGGUCGGGGAUCUUUAAUCCUCUGCCGCAGCAGCAGCAGCCGGUCGGUCACCCGAGGAGGGGGGAGCUCGGUCGGACUGGGAAUGGGCCGCUCGGGCUGCAGCCUAGCGAACAAGGCCGAAAAACAGUCGGUAGGAAAAUAAAAAUAACAUCAAACGGAAGAAACGCGACCGAUGCGAGAGGGUGUUUUUUUAUAUAUAUAUCAGGCCUAUUUAUUUAUUUGUUUUAGCCUAAACCAGACCCUGUGCAUCAGCCUUUUUCACCUAUAUGUCCCUGCUGAAAAGACCUCACGUAGAAAUAUCUCCUGCCAACAUAAAGUCCUUUUAAAACGCUUAAUUUAACAGAUGUAGUCGCUUCGUGGCUCGUUCUCCGGGUCGCCCUUUUUGACGUCGCCGCUUUUCCUGUCAGCUGCUGCGCAUCAGCACAACAUGCAGGAUGAGCCURUGGGGGUGACAGCCGCACAGUUACCCGCGUCAACCGAGGACGAGGACCGCAGCAAACCCGCACCGCAGCCCGACCGAACCGACAGCCGGCGGAGCUCCUUCACGCCGGAUCACAGCCGCAUAAACCCGAAGCUCUCCUUCGCCGAGCGCUUCUGUCCGACCCGGUCCGUCUGUGACCUUCAGCACGGCCGAGAAAUACAUCAGCAGUUGGGUCAGUUUACCCCCGCGGAGUCGCCCCCACCCCCGAGACACUUCAGUCACCUGCAGCGGGGGCAGUCCUUAGCGGACCCCGGCACCGCUGCCGACCCCCGCGGCUCCGCUGUGGAAGAAGAAGCCGAUGCUGCGUCGCCCACCUCCGCGAAACUAAACAAAAUCCAAAUGGACUCCCCCAUCGCCCACCACCUCAACAACGGCAAUGGCAGCGGCGGCACCGGGAGCAUGUUGUCCGCGUUCCCCAACCUCCCCGCCCAGGAGGCGCAGGGUGGCGGGGGAGGCUCGGGCUCCUCGCCGUCCCUCCCCGGCGGCUUCGGCACCCCGUGGUCCGUCCAGACCAGCUCCUCGCCCCCGCCCGCGGCCAACUCCAUCAAUCCCAUCCACCCCAGCGCCAUCAGCCAGCUGCCCGGGGCCGAGCCCGAGAGCAGCUUCUACCCGGGGCUCCCGUCCUCCAUCAACCCGGCCUUCUUCCAGAGCUUCUCGCCCCUGUCGGCGGCGAAUAACCCGUGCGCCGGGAUCAACGUGCAGGGCUUCGGCGGGCCCUUCUCGCCCCAGAUCAACGUCCCCCAGCAGCCGCAGAGCCGCAGGUCCCCGGUCAGUCCCCAGAUGCACCCCCAGCAGAGCGCCUUCCUGCAGCAGAGGAACAAUUACAACCAACACCAGCCUAUGAUGAAGCCAUCUCCCUGGGGCAGUCACCAAGGGAAUGGCUGGGGCUCUGGCGGGAUGUCUUGGGGUCGGGACCACCGCAGAGGGAGCAGCAUGGGCGUACCUGGCUCCGUCAGUCAUAUCUCACCCCUGAAAAAGCCCUUUUCGAGCAACGUCAUCGCUCCGCCCAAGUUCCCCCGCACCGGUGGGUCGCUGGGACCCAAGUCCUGGAUGGAGGAGAAYAUGUUUCGCACAGACAGCAACAGCAACACCAUGUUGCCUCUGCAGGACCGGUCCAGAAUGUACGACAGUCUGAACAUGCACUCUUUGGAGAGCUCUCUGAUCGACAUCAUGCGAGUGGAGCAGGAUCCGAUGAAAGGCCGUGUUGGAGGCCCCGGGGCUGACGGCCUUCUCGUGCUCAAUGCAAGGAGCUAUGGGAGACGUAGAGGUCGAUCCUCCCUCUUCCCUAUAGAUGACAAUCUCCUCGAUGAUGGCCACGGAAACCAGGGUGUCCCAGGAGUUCUUGGCUCUCCAAACUGUUACCCCCACCAAAACGGUGAGCGCAUUGAGCGCUUCUCUCGUAAGGUGUUCGUAGGAGGCUUGCCCCCUGACAUAGAUGAAGAUGAAAUCACCUCAAGCUUUCGUCGCUUUGGUCACCUUGUGGUGGAUUGGCCUCACAAAGCAGAGAGCAAAUCAUACUUCCCACCUAAAGGGUAYGCCUUCCUGCUGUUCCAGGAGGAGAGCUCAGUUCAGGCCCUGAUCGAGGCCUGCAUGGAGGAGGAUGGGAAGCUCUACCUGUGUGUCUCCAGCCCCACCAUCAAGGACAAACCCGUGGAGGUGAAGCCCUAUGUCUUGGAUGACCAGCUGUGUGAUGAGUGUCAGGGUGCACGCUGUGGAGGGAAAUUCGCUCCCUUCUUUUGUGCUAACGUCACCUGUCUUCAGUACUACUGCGAGUUCUGCUGGGCCAACAUCCACUCCCGCGCAGGACGAGAGUUUCACAAGCCGCUGGUAAAAGAGGGUGCCGACCGCCCGCGCCAGAUCCACUUCCGCUGGAACUAGCGACGAGACUCCAUAUCCACGAUGACCGUCAGAGGAGCGGGAAAUGAAACACUGGCGACCAGGAAAAAGAGCAUCGCUCUACCUCUCCUGCUUACCUAAGCUAUCAGUAUAAUCAAGAGCAUAACACUAUACAACAUAUAUUAUAUAUAGCUAUAUAUCUUUUGUAGCAGCCAAACACCACAAGCCUCAGUUUUUCACCAAAUCCCCCCAUCACAUCUCAGGCUUUGACAACUCGACAACUCUUUUGUGGUACUUUCAUCUUUUCUAAGAGGAGAUUUUAAAAAAAGAGAUUGAUUUUUGUAAGUUUUUUAUUCUUAUUAUUUUUGUAUGUAAGAUUUAAAGUAGGUAUGGGAAUGUUUUUGCAUUGGGGGGAGCAGCUUGUCUGUCUGUUUCAUCUGCUGCUAGUAAACCACAGUGCGUUCAGUGCACACCUAUUCCUGGGGGGAAAUUAAACAACUUGACACGCCGCAGGUGAUUAACCAAAGGUAGCAAAAUGAUAGAAAGCAUAAAAACUGAUUACAUUGUCUGCCGCCGAAACAAAACGUUUUUUAUUGCCGCCAUAGGCUCUUUCUUCUUGUCAGAGUUUAUUUAAAAAAGAGGAUAUUGGGUUUAUUUUUUGUGCACAUUCUGACCUGUAGAGCGAUACAGACCUCAAAAGACAAAAUCUGGUUUCUGCUAACCUUGUUCAACAUUUAUACUUAAAAAGCUGCUUUAGGAGCUUUGCUGCUAUAUAUAAAUAAAUAAAAAAUAUAUAUGCAUAUAUGUAUAUAUUAGGAGUGCAAUGAUUCAGAAAAUUCAUG